CGUUCCAAGGAGUUGGUGCUUCGGUUGCCAUGGACACGAGGCCUUUUCGCUGUUUGCAGCUCCAAAAACUGAGAAAGCGAACCCAAUAAACAGAACAAGCACACCUUGAUAUGUACCGGUUUCCUCAAACACACUAUAUACCCCAGUAGUGUUCCACACUCGGUAACGGUACUUAUUGGAUUAGCAAGAGUCACGACAGCAAUAAACAAACCGAACUGUACAAACUGCUGUUUUCCAAGCAAAUUUAAAGGCACAAACAUGUUUCCCCCAGAGGAAGGUUUUACAGAACUUCUUGCUAAAAAGGAACAGGAAUUUAAAGAACUUCAACAUCGUCAUGUUCAAUCUCUAGAAAUAGCUCUUAAAGACAUGCAGACAAAUCUUCAAGACCAACAAGAAAAAUUCAACAGGCUUAAAAAGGACUUUACUUAUAAUCUUAGGGUGUUGGGGGAGAGAGAUCAAGAAUUGGAGCAGUUUGAAGUUAUGUUCAGUCGUUUAAAAGUUGUUGAAAAUGCAAAGCAGUCUGAAAUCAGUGACUUAAAGAUACAGAUUGAGAAACUUCAGCAAGAAAUUCUGAGAGAGUGUAAGAAGCAUGAUGAGCUACAGACCUUUUAUCAGCAGAAACUCAGAGAACAUCAGAUUGAUAUGAAGAGACUGCAAAGAUCAAAAAAUAAAGAUAUUGAUCAUCAUUGUGCGGAAUAUGAGAAGGUAAAGCGCCAACUGGAGAGAAAAAUUGAAGAGGUGGAAGGGGAUCUAGCAUUACAGAAACAGGAAAUGAUGCUUGAAUUUGAUUCAGAGAUGAAAAAACGUGAGCACGAGUUUCGUUUACAUCUGGAUGAGACGAGCACAUUGGUCAUGUCUCAUGAACUUAAGGUUAAAAUACUGACAAAAGAGCUGGAUAUUGUCAAAGAAGCCAGUUUAAAGUCCUCAGAGGCUCUCCAAGAAGCUGAAUCCACCAACCUAAAAUUACAGGAGGAAAUACAAAAGAAGGACUGGGAAUUAAAUGACUUAAAAGCAGUAAAAGAUGCAAGAAUAAAGCAUUUAGAAGAGAAAUUUACGUCACUGCAGCGUAAGAGGAAAAUAGAAGAGGAUUCGUUUCAAAGAAAACAUGAGCAACUUGAUCGUUCUGUCCGGGAAAAGGAGUCAGCAAUUCGGUCAAUGAAGGAAGCACAUAGUGAGAAGAUGCAACAUAUGGAGAAGCAAAUUCAGCAGCUACAGCUGGAACAGCAUAGGUCGCAGCGCAGCUACCAAGACAUACUGGCACAAAAGGAUGCCACCAUUGAAAAGCAGAAGGAAGAUCUGGAUGUCCUGAAAACUGGCUGGGAUUCCUACAUAGCUCAGAUAUCCAAGGAAACUGUUACCAAAGACCUUAAAACCCAGGCACUACAAGAAGAAGAGGAGCGGCUGAAAGCUCAACUGGACACGUAUAAGAAGGACAUUGAAAAGUACAAGCAACAACUGUCCUGUUCCCUGGAGCGUGAAAGAUUAUUGGAGCAGUCAAAAGUACAACUUGAACUGGACUGGCAAAAGCGCUGUGAGGAGGCAGAGAAAGCUCAGUAUCAGCAUUCAGAGGACCUAAUAGAAAGGCUCAAUAAGUCAAAGGAACAGGCUGUAGCUGAGCUGAAGGAGAAAGACCGUAAACUGAAUGAGCUGGAGACGCUGGUGUCCGCUAUAACGAGGGAGAGAGACCAAGCUAUGGAUGCAGUCCUCAAGCACGGAGCUAAGCUACCACAGAUAGCAGAAGAUAAUGGAGGAUUCCAAAAUCAUUUUCCAUCUCAAGAAAUUCAGCAUUUGCAAGAACAGAAUACUGAGCUGCGACAUGUAAUUGGCCAAAUGAGGAAAGAAAUGGAGCUUCUGUGUGAUCAAAUUACAAAUCCAGUUCCAAACCAGCCAGAAAAUCCAAAAAUGAACCCACAAAACAAUCACAAUAAUUCUGAUUAUAUUCAGUCACUUGAAGAAGAAGUAAAAAACCUAAAACAAAAGAACAGGUUAUUAGAGGAGCAACUGCAACCAGCGCAGAGUCUCACAAAUCUGCAAUCCACGUCUAGUAUCCACGGCCUGAGGGAAUCCACUGGUGUCUCAAAAGCAGCCCACAUCCCUUCUUUUGUAGCUAGCCAGAAGCUGGAAGCAAAACAAGAACAUGCAGGAAUGAAUCCAGUUAAUAUUUUGCAGCUUCAUGAAGAGAUCCUGCUGCUUCGACAAGAGUUAUCUUUAUUUAAAGCCUUAGGUAGUGUUUCUUCUGGAGCUCACGUGCCAAUACUUCUCAGCAAACUGAAACAAGCUGCUAGAAAAAUAUCCCAACUCAGCCUAGAGAAGCAACAGCUCAUUGAUCUGGGGAACAGACUGAGAGCAGAGUUGGCAUCAGUUGAAGUCAGUUUGCCUCAGAAAUCUGUCCAGUUAGUAUCCUCAACUCUGUCAUCUAAAAUGGAAGUACAAGAGGCACAAAAUCGCCUAUCGGCUUUGGAAGACCUUCAAUACCAGCUAACAUGCCAGGAAUUGCAGUAUGCCCAAUAUCAUCCGUCUUCCAUUCGCCUUGCCAAAGGUUAUCACAGCUUUAACACAAAGAACAAAGUAGACCAUGAAGAUGCAGGGACAGCUAAACUACAGACUUUGAUGUCACCUUCUCCUGUGAAUGACUGGAAAAAAGAGAGAAAAGAAAAUACACCACCUCUCUUAUCACCUCAUGCUCACAGCACAGACAGUGUCCGGUCUCUGCCGCCCACCUCUUCAUGGUUACAACAUGACACUUCUCUACAGGAUGUCUGGAAACUUCUUGAUAUGGGCUCAAGCCCCUCUCUAAUCAGUUCUUUGGAAGACAGUGAGCAAGUGAUCCUUGCCAGGAAGAGACGGGAAGACCCUUCUGUGAAAACAGGAUCUUUGUUACUUACACAUCAGAAAGAAUCCCACAAGCCAGUUACUCGGAAACAAAUAAAACCUAAAAGUUCUCAGAAUACCCCCAAAAUCCGUAACUAUAACUUUAGGGACUGAGGCGAUUGGUCUGUAGCAUUGUUUUUUUUUAUUUGUAUGUACUUUUGUCAUUAUUCUAUGUGCUCACCACUUGUAUUUAUUUGUAUGUACUUUUGUCAUUAUUCUAUGUGCUUACCACUUGUAUUUAUUUGAAUAUAACAUCACAAGUGCUACAGGGGCACGCCAUGCUUUCUAGAGAAAUUAAAUGAGAUAUUUUACUAGAAAA